AUGAAUCGUAAGGCAUGGCGAAAAGCUCGCAAGUCCGCUACGAAGACAGUAGGAGACAUCGUAGUUUCUGAUGCCGAAGAUCAGACAGCUCACACCGAAGGACUAUCCACCGAGCCACGAUUAGCCGAAGACACAAUCGAAUACGAGUGCUGCAUCUGCAGAGACGAUUUCCCAUUCUCAGGUGGUGUUGCUCAUUGCGAAGAGCACUUCACAUGCAACAGCUGCGUUGUCGAUGCGUACAACGCUGCAAUCGCCGACAUAGACGCUUUUCCAGCCCAGUGCUGUAGUCCUUUCCCUCGCCCCAUUGUCGAGCAUCUUUUGAGUCCUAAGGUACGCGUGGCAUAUUCACUUAGAGCAGAAGAACACUACACGCCGCGCGCUAUUCGCGUUUACUGUGUUAAUGAGCAAUGUCGCUCGUAUAUUCCGAAAAGCUGUGUGGAAGAUGAUCAUCCUCUAUUCACGGUGGCACGCUGCAGCUGUGGAACCAAUACCUGCGUCGGUUGUAAAAAUGAGUGGGAAGAUGAGGAGCACCGGUGCACCGAUUACGUGGACGAUACGGUGAGACCAGAAUGGCUACCGGAGUACUCAGCUAGCUGCCGCGCAAAAGCGUGUCCGAAUUGCCGUAUGUGGAUGGAGCACAAGGAAGCUUGCAACCACAUGACCUGUCACUACUGUCAUCAUGAGUUCUGCUUCGUUUGUCUUCAGCCUUGGACUAGCGAGGGCUUCCAUCAGGACGCCGGUUGCCCUUCGUACGGAGACCCAGAGGAAGGGUACGACAACGAGGGUUACGAGCUGGGUGGUCGAGGCCUACACCGAGACACUGGUUAUAACCGCAUGGGGCUCAACCGAUUU